AUGAAUCAGAAGCAACAGCAGCAGCAGCAACAGCAACAGCAACAACAGGUUACCCAACAAGUGGCCAUCGAUUUUAGUCCAUAUCUUCAAGUGGUCGCCCAACCAACAGCAUUUGCUGCAACAGCUUUGGCCCGAACUGUUGUUUUAAGAUAUGCAUCAUUAUUGGAAAAAGUUAGUGAUUAUUCCGACUUGAGUGAAAAUGUUAGCCGGCUAAAACCGCUUAUUCAAGACUUGGAUUUGGUCAAAGAACAGAAAGUUUCAAGCGGCAAUCAGCUAAUAAUACUUGGCUUAAAAUGUAUCUUUUCUGUUCUAACGGAAUUGAAUGAACGAGAUCCAGAAUUAUGCUCGCAGGCUCUAUCGUCACUGCUGCAUCUGUUACAGCAUAUGCCAAUUGAUGCUCUAACUUCAGAAACCUAUAAAUCUAUUAAGAAUAUGUAUGAUAUGUUAAAGCAGCUACGACUACAAGGAACGGCAGAAGUCUCGUCGAUGGCAACAUCCUGUAUGAUCGGUAUAGCAGUAGCAUUUGGUAUUCCAGAAUUCUUACUUGGUACAGCAGCUUCAUUGUUCUGUGAUCAAAUAGAACGUGAUAAGAAUUCAAGUGCUGCAGUGAUGAUAACAAUUCCAAGUAAUCAUUAUAAACUGGCAAAUUUUGCUCAAAAAAUUGUCAUGAAUGGAUCAGCUGAGAAUUGGAAUAACAGCGAUUGGUGGUCAUAUCCGUUGACGGAACACGUCGUUCUUUCAUCCUUUAAUAUUAGUGUACUCAACGAUAGUUCACCACAGAAUGUUGAUGACCGUCGACUGAUUAGUGCAAUAGCUUCUGAUGGUAAUGUUUUCAAAAUUUUUACAAAAGUUCAACACUUUUUUUCAUUUCUCGUCCAUAUGUUUACAUUUUAUGCUGCUACGAAUAGGUUCAAAGGGUCGUGGUUGGCAAUGUGUAACGGAUCUCUGUACUUACGUCGGCGUCAGUCUUCAAGAAUAUGGGUAAUUGAUACAGAUACACUUCGUGAAAUUGGCGAGAUUAUGCUUCAUACAUCAGCUGUCACUGGAGCCUUAAUGACUGAUGGAUGUUCGUUUUAUCAAGCCAUUAUUGAUGAACAUUGGCAGCUAAAUGUAAAUCCUCUUGAUGAUAACUUCACUCCGGUGGCAAAUGCAAAGCAAAGCCCAAAAUAUCGGUUAGCGACACAUGAUUUUUCGUCUUUUGGUGAUUCGUUACCAAUUCCUCACGGGUUGCCUCGAUCUUUGCCAAAAUCUUUGCAUGUUCAAGCUUCAAAUUUACAAAUUGGUAAAGAGACAGCUUUUUUACUUGCAAGAACAGGAAAAGUUUACUAUGCUGGAAGAGCAAAACGAUAUGGAUUACAGGAUACAAAUGGAGUAUGGAUGGAACUUGUGCUUCCGGAAUCAAUUGUUUCCGUUUUAGUAGCAAGCGACAGUGAUACAGUGCUGCUCCGAUCUGGUUCUGGACAAAUAUGGAUACUGGGUCAAGAACCUCAGUUGUUAAGCCAAGGAAGUCCAGUGAUUGGAAGGCAUUUUAAAGAGGAUAAUGUGAACGGGAAAGGGAAACUGCGAAAACUUCACUUAGCUAGCAGGGGUGAUGGCCAGCCCCUCAUCGUAGAUGGCAAUCAUCUGGCGGAAGGAGCGUAUAAGGCUGGUUGCACUUCAGCCUGCAUUCUCUUGGCCUUGCGAAAAUGCGUGUCUAUGGCUGUGUCAUCGGGUUGUAUAGCUUAUGUUACUGAUAAUGGAAAGGCAUAUGUUUUUGGACGUCAUGCUAUGAACUGCAAUCCGGAAACAGGACAAAUUUACGGGCUGGAUAAUAUUCAUUUGGCGACAAUUUCACUUGGUAAAACCCAUGCAGCUGCUGUCACUAGACAUGGACAUCUCUACACUUGGGGUUUAAAUAAUCUGAAUCAGUGCGGACGAAUUGAGGUUUCAUGCUCUCCGCGGACUGAAAUUCUUGAUUCUAAGGUAAUCAAUUAUAAAACAAGUGUUGAUGAAAAUGUGGAAAAUGGUAGCUACUGCUCAUUGGAAGAACACUUAUUUGUUAGAGACUCGGCAUCUAUUUGUAUCAAAUGUGGUGAAUGUUCAGUUCGUGGAUCAAAAUGUUCUGGUGAGUCAGCAGCAUCUGAAAAAAGCCUUCGAAAAGGUACGCUCUGUACAUGUGGUAGUGAAGGUGAAACCUGCUGUUUAAGAUGCGGUUUGUGUCGUAAAUGUGGUGAAAAAUCGGCAUCAGACGAUUUUUCUUGUUCCAACAGUGAUCGAUGUCGAACACCUCAACGAACAAUUUUGCAGCCAGCAAAGUUGGCCUUAAGCGAGACUACACCAAAUGUCAAAGUUUCUCUGAUUGCCUGCGGAAAUUAUCAUACUCUUGUUCUUGGAGCGGAUAGAAAUGUUUUUGCAUUUGGUUCAAACUGCCAUGGUCAGCUGGGUGUUGGAAACACACAGCGAUAUAUUGGACCUCAGAAAGUUGAAUUGCCUCCCGAUGUCCAAGUAGUGCAAAUUGCUGCCGGAGCUAAUCACUCUGUCUUAAGAACAGCAGACGGUUCAGUGAUAACAUUUGGUGCACAUCGUCAAGGCCAACUGGCUAGGGUAGGACAGGGCCGAUACUGGUAUGCAAAACCAGAAUUUGUCCCAGAACUAGGCAAAAAUCACGGAGUAAUGGCCACUUGGGUAGGAGCAAUUGGGGAUGUAACGAUGAUCCACAGUCAGAAGCGAGUAUUCAGCAAUGAUAUUGUCGUUAAUUGCCAGGUAGUUUCAAACAAAUCUGCUAUAAUAAUAUUUCCUAAUGAGGUCGGCAAAGACUACGUCGCCAUCCGAAAACAGUAUAGCGGUUUCUAUCAACACUCAUUGGGUACUGCUGGACUUUAUACAAGUUGGUGUCUUGAACCGACUUACAAUCUUAUGUGGUCAUUCAAUGCUGCAGAAAUGCGCGUUCAGUCAUUUUCGGACUGCGUUAAACAGUUAUGCGCAGUAGAAUCUAACAGCAUUAAGAAGAUUAAAGAUAUAAUGAUCUUAAGAGCACCAGAAUAUAUAAUUCCAAAGGUUGCUGAAGCAAGACUAAGCACACAUCAGGCAGCUCUGAGUCUGUUAAGUACCAGUUACGUUAUCACAGCGGUGGAACCCUCAAUAAGCGAGGGGUUGAAGGCUAACGUAGACAAAGAGAACGGAUUAGAUGUGGAUCGAAUUAGCGGAAUCAGUGGAAACGGUCUGUUUACGGUUGAUCGCUUUGAUGGUUACGGUGGCGGUUGGGGUUAUUCAGUACACUCAUUUGAAGCCAUUCAGUUCCUUGCUUCUAAAGAGAUUAAACUUCUGGGUGUCGGUCUUUUUGGAGGGCGCGGAGAAUAUUUAGCAAUGCUGAAACUGUUCCGGUUGAAGGGAGACGAUUCUAAUGAUCAGAAUCUGCAACUUGUAGCCGAGUCAGAUGAAAUGCUCUAUCAAUGUGGACCUCACGAAAAAGCUCAAUUAAUGUUUUCUAAAGAAGCAGUUAUUGAAGCUGAUGUAUGUGGACCGAGCUCUGACUGCGGUGCUGGCGGUCGAUCUGUUGCUACCGGUGAAGACGGAGUUCAGUUUCAUUUUCGUUCUUCUCGUCUUUCAAACAACGGGACCGAUGUUUCUGUUGGUCAGAUUCCAGAAUUGCUCUAUUUAACAAAAUCAGAUGAGAAGUCAACGACAAGUUCUAUAUUUCAAGAAUCUCUUGAAAAAACUGAGGAUGGGACGAGUCUUGAACUGAACAACGUGAGGCUUCAGUCGCUUCUAUUUGUUACUCCAUUGGCUAUGCAGGCCUUAUUGGAUAUUCUUACGUGGUCGGUGAGCAAGGCAUUAGAGUUCGACAAAGAUGAAUCUGACCACCUUAAAGCAUAUUUUACUGAGCGAGCUGUAAUCACUGGAAUCAUUGCAUUACGGAUGUUUUGCAGUUACGUCGUUCGCUUGUCUUCGCAGCCAAAUAAGGGCUCUAGUCCACUGUUACCGCAGGAGUAUGUGAGUCUGGUGUUCCAUUUUGGAGAUAUCUUGAGUUCGUUGUUCCAGCAAGCGAACGAGAAAGACCUUAGUCAGUUUAAGGAUUUUCUAAGUUGGGCAUUAAUGGAAGAAGCAGUAAAGAGUUACGUUUCUUGUUCUUCUAUUUUACUACCCGACUCUUCGGUCAUCGUAGAACGGCUUGCAUACCUCAUGUCUACUCCUAAUCGAGAUUGGUCUCUUGUGGCACUUUUUGACUCUUUGUGCCGUCGAAAUGAAGUAAGCUUUGUUAUCGCAGUAGUUCUGCUGGACGUACUACUGCAAUUAAGUUUUUUUAAUUUUGGCUUACCUUCACUACAUACCCAAAGUAGGAGAGCUGGUAAGGAUUCAGAAAUCAAAUUAUUAAGCUUUGUGGUCCGGCACAGCGGGGCCCGAUUGAAGUAUGCAGCACAGUCAUUGAUACUAUCAGUUGCUCGUGAGCUAGUAACUCCAAGUAAUAUUGGUGAAGACGGGCAAACAAUUUUUCAGACACCUUACAGGUUUCGCAGCCAGAGUUUACAACCGAAUUGGGAUAUGUCGAGCGGUGUUUCAGAUGCUAUUGCGUUCCGUAUAGAUGGCUGUGGUUUUUUGUUACACGGGAUUGGUGUUUAUAGAACCUCAAAAAAUCGGCGUCAUUGCUAUAAAUGCGAGCUGUUACGUGACCGCAAUUGUGGAAAGAACGAACACUGGGAUUUGGUGACAAAAACCAGUGGUGUUUUUGGAGAGGAUGAUGAAGAUGGUUUCUCUGAUAAUGCAACAGUGAUUCGAUUUACAAGGCCUGUUCGUAUAAAACCAAAUACGUUGUACGCUAUAAAGUUUUCUCUGGAUGGUGGAAAAACCUAUUGCGGAGAAGCCGGUCUGGAAACAGUUCGUCUUUCUGAUGGUUCAAAGCUUCAUUUCCAGACAUGUAGUCUCAGUCACAAUGGAACUUCAGUUAACCGUGGGCAAAUACCAUUUUUAUUAUAUUUAUAUGAAAAAAAUAACAACAGUUUACGGAAUAACGUUGAUCAAGUUCAGCUGAAUAAGUGGUUCUUGCUUCUUGUUCGACUUCUUUCCUCAAAAAUUUCUAAUUUUGUCGCCGCAGGAACAUUAAGCUCUCUUGAUGCCUCGUUUUUUUCUACGAUCUGUGGUUAUAUAAUGCUUUUCUUGGAAUUGAAUCCUCAUUUCGCUUUGGACAUUUUUGCCAUAUUGGAUGAUCUGUUACCAAUGGUUUCUUCUUCUAAUAGUGAAAAAACUUUGGUGCAGCGUGCAAUGUUUUCGAAAGCUGAGACAGAGAACUUUCGAAUUCUUGUGGAAUCUCCACAUCCUUAUUCACCAUCGACGGUAUAUUCUAAGGUCGCAUCGUUCAACUCCACUGUGCGCUUCAUGUCAAUUCAGUUCGACGAAGCUUGCUGCACUUUCCAGAGUGAAGACAUUCUUUGGGUUUAUGUCCGGGUGAAUCAUGAUUGUUUCGUUCCCAUAAACAAGUUUUAUGGAAGCCAUGAAUGGCCGAAACAGAUAAUCUACGUUCCUGGAAACCACUUAUGGUUUGUUUUGGAAACUGCAAAUGGAAGUGAAGAUGCCGAUUGUAAGGAGACUUUCGGUUUUCGUUGCACUGUUACCGGUUAUUCAAGCUUAGAUCUGAGCACAGAUUUAGUCAUUGAGCAAGAACUGGCGUGGAUAAGUGCUAGUGCUUGCAGGUUCUUGGUUCAAAUUCCAUCUGAGCAAAAGCUUCUAGCCGCUCUUACGGUAGCAGAAGAAGAAAUAAACCAAAUUGUUAAGAGAUAUGGACCCUUAUUACGAAAGGGACUUAGUCUUUCCCAUGCACCUAGCGUUGGUGAAAUACUAAGUCGCAAUCUUCCAACUCCUGCUUUUGGACCAGGUUUGAUUAUUUCCAAUACUGCUGCUGGCUUUCUAGCAAAAUGGUUGAUGGUUGAACCCACGGUCGACAUUCAUUCAAGUAGGCUUCGUAUGCCAUGCGAUGAAUUGAAAAUUGGUUUACCAAUUAAGAUUAUUUUGAUCCCUCGCGACCAAUAUGGAGGUAGUGCGUACUGCCCUUGUAUGGAAGUCGAAUUUACCAUCAGAAACGAUAACUCAUUUGGCAAUCUGCAGGAAAAAAACAGUUCUUACCGGCAUGCAUUAAAAAGUGCAUCAUCGUCGAAUUCGUCGUCGGAACUUUCAAUUCCAGAUGAACCCUACAGGCCAGUUUACAUGAAUAAAGCAAGAUAUAUGGCGAUAACGAUGAUGAAUGCUUAUGCUGGUUAUUCCUUUGAAGAACUGCGGUUAGCAUAUUUGAAAAAUCGCGUACUGAAAGAGAAGUUGAAGGGUGUGAAACAGGAUGAUGGCAGCUUCGAUUGCGAGUGGACUCCAAAACAGGCUGGUACGUAUCGCAUUGAGUGCAAAAUUGACGGUUUUCAGCUAACUCAAAGUUAUGUUGUUGAGGUUAUUGGCCAGAAUAAUAAGUCAACAGGUGCUGAAUGCAGUAAGGUGAAGAAAAACAGGAAGAACCGGGUGGCAUAUGUGAGCAAGGCGAGAUAUGCUCUUUGUCCGCGGAAUCUGAUGACAAAAGGUAUACGUAUUCGCACAAGUCCAGUACUGGGAGCGCCGCAAAUUGGAGUUGUUCCUAGAGGUUCUCUGAUAUCUUACUUAGAGGAAGUGGAAAAUGCUGAUGGGAUAUGGUUCAAACUAACUGACGAGACAGCAGCGAUUCACUGUACUUCGCAUGAUUCGCAGGAAUUUACGGAUAGGAUACCAAAUGAAAUAAAUGCUGGGUCUGACUCUAUCGCCUUACUUCCUCAAAACAUAGUAGCGAAAAGAAGCAUAGCUGAAAUUAGCGAACAAUCAAUUUUAAUGGACACGGACGAGGUCUACAUUAUCGACAGCGACCAAGCUGUUCCCCUUUACGACAACCCUUCUCUCAAUGAGAUAUGUACCGAAGUAAUCGAUGGUUCUGCAGGACGAGAAUUCAGCGUCGACGGGUGGCUUUGCAAUGCUGAUGGGAUAUGGGUUCGAAUUCCAGGAGGACAUUACAAAUACGCACUCGUUCAAGAUAGGAACUCGGUAUACCGCUGUAAGACCGUCAGUUGCGGACUGUUGUCGUACAGUUUUCGCUGCCUUUUUGUGGCACGAAAAGUUAGUUCGAGAUGCUAUGGCGUGCAGUGCCUAUCUAAAAUUUCAUCCCGAAUUGUACAUGGUAAGACAGCUAGAAGUGAUGAUCGCUUGGAAGUGAUUGCAUCUUCACCUCUUUAUCCUCUUUCCCACUUUUGGCAUGGGAUUUAUAAGGCUGUUCAAGCAGCGAUUCAACGAGACUGUAUUAUACAAGCAGUACCGUCUUUACGGAAUAAUGAGGUUGUAAGGCGAAAAGGGAGACCCUUACCGACUCAGCCCGUUUGCGAAUUAUGUGAAGAAAGUCAAGCAGUACCUAUCACAUCUCAUAUGCGCAUGGCACAUCCUGGUUGUGAGAAUGAUUGUGGCGGUUACGGUUAUAACAGCUCUGGGAAGUACAUAAAUGGUUGGGCUGGCAAAUGCGGAGACGGUGGUCGACAAAAUGCUUCUUGGUUUUACUUUCAUUCUUCCGCAACACUUACCAUCUUGUUUAAAUGGGUUCUGCUACAGGAGAGCAUUCGACGGAAAAGAGAGUACCAUAUUUCAACAAUUGAGGAUGGCCUUUUGCCUGAGAAAAUUAUUAAACAAAAUGCUAUGUUCCUUUUGGAGCUUAAUCCAUCAGCUGACGAAUGCGAUGAAACUUUUUCCAACAUAUCGUCAGGGUGGACGAUAAACUUGUAUCCUCAAACCGAUUCCCCAACAUCAAAUUUUCAUUCGGCCUACACUCAGGCUGGGAACGGUCACUUAAAUACUCAGGUUUCUGAUUCGUCCUAUAAUACUUUGGUAGUUCAUACGAAAAAAUGGUGCAGAAACUUAUCACUCAACAGUGAUAUUCAUAACGCCAAAAUCCAAAAGCGUCCAUUUUCACAUGUGAGUGAUCCUGGACCCAAGCCGCCGAGCGUUAACCAGUCUUUUAUUGUUAAUGGGAGUACUUCGAACAUUUUGAAUGAUGGCACAAGCGUCAAAAAUCGUAAUCAUGCAACAGUUCUGAACGAUGCAGCUACAGUGGUAGUACAGCGUUCAAGGAAUCAAACUCGGAGAGUUCCUCUUGAGGUAUUUCAUAGUCCAUCGGUAACGUUAAAAAAAGUGUUUUAUGAGACUCAACGUGCUACCGUCAAAGGCAAUAAAUCUGAAAUUGCUCCUUUUGCUUCGCAGCUUCCUGUACUUGCCUUUGUCGUGGAAAGGCAUGAUUUGAAGAAAAUAAAGGAGUCUAUGGCAACAGCUGUUGCUCGUGCUACAUUCUUCUCGCAUUCACUGAGAGUGUGGAAUUGGUUGCUUAAAUCAGUUUCUUCGGAGUCGAGUGUUUCAGAUAUUCUCAUCCAAUAUUUGACUGCUCUGAACUCAUACACUCCUCUCAGCAAGUGCAGGCCUGAAGACUUUUGGCGUGGUGGGACUCGUAUAUUACCACAUCCCUGGAGUAUGUGUUUUCUUGCUGGUCCAGUUGCCAAGAAGCUCACCACUCAUGAAAAGAAUCUUCUUCCGCUUGUUUGCAACAUGCUCGCUACUGUAACUAGUGUGCUUUCCGACCCAUCCGCUGACCAGUCGUAUAGCUUUGAAAACACCGAUCUGUACAAGAGGAUGGAUGCGCGUGAAAGAGCUCUGAGAGAGAAACCGAAAAUAAGGGAGCUUGAAGACAUCACUGUGCUUUUGAAGAUAGAAGCUUCAAGCAGACAAGCAAUGGUGGGCUGUUUAACUGAUGGAAAGCAGGAUACUUUUUGGGAAAGUGCUGAAGAAGGGAAAACGAGUAGUUUUUUGAAAAUACGUUGGAACAAACGGUUGAUUGCUGUUGCAUUCUUGGCAGUAUACGUUGACAACGUUAAAGAUGAAGGAUUCGCUUUGUCUUCGCUCACUGUUUCAAGAGUAGACGAGAAUGACGAUACGGAACAGAUAUACGUAGAACGAGUGGAUAACUUUUAUGUCGGAUGGGUGAAAUGCUGCAUUGCAAAUACCGACAGUUUGCAAAUAACAUUUGAGAGCUCGGCGCAGUCAGUUAGAAUCAGACAGAUUAAAGUGCUUGGAUUCCAUUCCGACUUAGGACUUCUGGAUGACCCAUCUUAUGUCAAAGGAAAUCCUAUUAAACCUUCUCCAUCUCAUCAACUGUUGUUUAGUUCUGACCAAGCAGAUGCUUUUGCCCUUUUUCAAGCAAUAUCGGCUCAGGCAUUCAGUGAUGAACUUUCGCAAGAAGAAAAUGGUGCGCUACGGCAGCAAGUACUGGAACUUUUAUUGAGCCGUGAUCAGCUACCUCCUUUACAGAGCUUUGUCUGUUCUCAAAUGGCAGUUGCUUUGGAAAGAGAAGUAGUUAACCUCCAACAAAGAAGGAAGACUAACUAUUCGUAUGCUUGCGGUUUGAUGCUUAUGUUGGUAAGAAUUUGUUCGUCACGGCAAGGCGUUGAACUUUUUGGUGCUCAUAGUAACCUGCUAAUUGCACUAAGCGAACUACUUAUCUUUGCUCCUUCGGUAUUUUUUCCUACUGUUGUUCAAUGUCAGGUUAUUGAAACAAUAGAGCGUUCCAUAUCCCUUUUCACUCCAGUGACAGUUGACCUCUCAAAGUUUGUUAGAAAUUUGCUCAUUGUAAUUGCGAAAACGCAAAACAUCGAGUCUGAAGCGAGUUGGAGAAUGGAUCGCUCAUCAUCUGUAGAAAUAGCAAAGCUAGUUUCAAAGUUUCUGCGAGACGUGAGUGACGGAUGUGUAAAUGACCGAUGGAAAGAAGCAAUUAAAACCGAAGUCGCCGAAAGAAUCAUGGAACUGUCAAAAUUAGAUUUUAAUAAAUGUCUGAACAUGGAUAAGAACAAGUUAUCUUCUCGUGGCAGGCAAAUUUCUUUGAUGAAAAGUACCUCUGUUUUACCUGCAUUUUUUAAGUCUGAUAAGUUCUGGCUUUCAACGGCUGCUUUAACAGUAAUCACAAGUGCUGAUUGGUUGGAAUUAUCACCAACAUGGCAGAAGCAGAAGGCCGAAAAAGACAGAGAAGCUGAAUAUCUUUGCGAAAAUCAUGAUGACGGUCAGACUGUGGCGGAAGUAAUGUGCACUGUUUGUGAAUGUACACUGUGUAAAGAAUGCUUUACAAUACUGCAUCUGAACAAGCGGAAUCGCACUCACGAAUUACGCUUCUUACACAAGCCAUCAGCUACUCCACAGUUAAAUGUACAUGAAGGCUGUACUCGAUUUCGUUUACCGAAUCUUCUGAUUUUGUUCCACACUUCUGCUCUCAACGGGAUGAUUGAGUUUGAUAAUUCUUGUACAGAUGGAGCUUAUCAGACUGUUUCGACACUGAGACUAUCAAGCAAGUUUUGUGGAAACCAGCUAAACAGUGAAGCCCAAGUUGAGGAGGGAGUUUGCGAUCAUGCAGAUUGUUUAGUGUCAAAGUCUCUUGCAUGUAACAAGAAAUUUAUUUGUGGUCAUUAUUGUGGAGGUAUUGCCAAUGAAGAAGAGUGCAUUCCAUGCAUGAUUUGUAAGGACUCAAGUUCUCGGCAGGAUGCGGAUGAUUUAUGCGUUAUUUGCUUUACCGAUCGGCUUGGAGGAGCUCCAUGUAUUCAGCUGGAGUGCAAGCACAUAUUUCACUUCCAGUGCGUAAAGAAUGUGUUAGAAAGACGUUGGAGUGGGCCGAGGAUAUAUUUUAGGUUUAUGCAGUGUCCCUUAUGCAAACGACAGAUUGAACAUUCUGCGCUCAAUGAACUUCUAAACCCACUAAAAGCUCUUCAUGGGGAAGUUGUUAAGAAAGCUCUUUUACGUUUGGAAUACGAUGGGCUGCUCAACGCGCCAGCUGUAACUUCCAAAGAGAGCACUUUUUACCAGAAUGCUGAGGCUUAUGCGAUGGAACGUUAUGUUUACGUCUUAUGCUUUAAAUGCGGUAAGGCAUACUUCGGAGGCGAAAGUCGUUGUCAACAGGCUUUCGAUUAUUCGCAGUUCAAUGAGACAGAGUUGUUGUGUGGUGCUUGUUCUGAUGUAAAUCGUGCUCAAGUGUGCGGCAGACACGGAGUAGAAUAUUUAGAAUACAAAUGCAGAUUUUGUUGUUCAGUAGCUGUUUAUUUUUGCUUUGGAACUACUCAUUUUUGUGCUGUAUGUCACGACGACUUCCAGAGACUUAUGCGAUUGCCUAAAAAUUUACUGCCCAAGUGCCCAGCCGGACCGAAAGGUUUGCAACUAGAAGGGUCAUGUCCUUUGCGCAUAUCGCAUCCUCCUACGGGUGAAGAAUUUGCUUUGGGAUGCGGUAUUUGUCGUAAUCUCAGCACAUUUUGA